AUGUCUGCCUAUGCGAUGGUUGAGGAUGGCACCAUGGACACUGACACCGUUCCAGGAACCGAUUCGCAAGUGACCGAGGCCUGUAGCUCUACUUAUCGGUGGCCAAACAACCUCGAUGUGGAGGCUACACAAGAUUCUCAAAUGCAUAUGAUGGAGUCCAUGUCACCUGCAGCGGACACACAUGUCGAUAGUUUGCCUUCUGUGAGUGUGGUUCCUGAUCCCUCAACAAGGGACCACAUCCAAGUCAAGCGAGAGCUGGUUGCUCCGUCCCAGGCCUGCAAACGGCCAAAAUUCUCGACCAUCAUGACUCCUCCCAAGGCAAGGUGUGUGUCAAACCGUCGAGGCCUUGACACCACCCCUGACAUCGUGACGCCAGAGAGCAAACCACUUGGGACACCAGUUUUUACACCUACUCCACCGAAACACUUUCCAGGCAAGUCGGAGGAGAGGUCUUUUUCAACUUCUGAAGUGGCAAAGCUCCGACAAGUUGCUGUACCCAAGCCUUCGUGCAAGGCACAUGAAGCAAUCAUGGCUGUUUCAAUGGCACCGCCAAGCAGAAAAGUGGAGACGUCCGCGCCGUGCAGCAGGAAGUCAAGUCCUGCUACACCUCCAGCUGUGCCCAAGACACUUGGUGCCCCACAUCCAAUGCAACCACAGUUUCCCCCAGCUCAAGCAAAGCCUCACCCAGUGCCUCCUCCGACUGUUCUGCAGCUCCCUCCGACUGCACCAUGCCCAGUGCCGAAACCCAGCAGGCAGGCCCCCUCCAAGGUGGAGCCAACCUCCGGUGAGUCCCCCAUUGCAAAAAAACCACCCACUGCAGCAAGCGCUGGAGGACCUGACCUGUCAGAACCUCCCAACGAGCCAACCAGGUCGCUGGCACUGAAACCGAGCGAUCAGGCACUGUCCAAGGUGGAGCCAACCUUUGUUGCAGAAACCAGCCAGCCAUCACACGUGCUCCCAGCCACUGCAGCAAGCGCUGUAGGGACUAACCUGUCAGAACCUCCCAACGAGCCAGCCAGGUCGCUGGUACCGAAACCUAGCAAACAAACACCAUCCAAGGUGGAGCCAAGCUACGUUGCAGGACCCAGCCAGCCAGCCAUCACAGAAUCACAGGUGCUCCCAGCAGCAAGCGCUGAAGGGCAUAUCCAGUCAGAACCCGCCAACGAGCCGACCAGCAAGUCUGCUUCUGAAGCCACCAAGCCAACACCUAACGCUGCCAAGCCCUCUGGUCAAGACCAGACAGAAACAUCUGUCGACCCAGUGCCAAAGGCUGUGAACAAUGCAGCAUCUAAAUCUGUGGAGGAUAUGGGUGUUCACUUUCAGAGUGAGUUAGAAAAACAUAUUGCGAACUUGGGGAGUGACAAUACUCACGAUGCCCUCUUGGAGGCCGACCAGGAGAACGACGAUCCUGUUCGCACUUGGUUGUGCAAAAUGGAUGAUGUGCAGAUGAAACGGCAAGUGGAAGCUGCCAAAAGACAUCCCUUGCUGGAAACCUUCUUGCGUGUGGAGAUUGGGCUUUCUGGUGAAGAAGUUGGGUUAGAAGCUUCAACUUUCGGUAGUCAUGACGACAUGGAAGAGUUGCACAGCUUCUACACAUGGCUAGCUGUGGCAGACCGUCCUUCUGCACCAACUCCACCUCCAGCGGCAGUGGAUCCAAUGCCUCGGUCAAUACUGAAGUCGAGCAGUGGACACCCUCCGAAACAUGAUGAAAUCAUCAUCGAGGAUUCGCUUCCUGACCAACACACCCCACCAGCUGAAGUGGUGCCUCAACAGGCAAACAAUGCAAACACACCCAGUGCAAAGGCUGUUGGUGCAGCGCCAACCCCAAAGGUGGCACCUGAUGUUCAUCGGCCGAAAAAGGUUUCCUUCGUGGAACCGUGUGUGGCAUUUCCUGCCACUCCAGCGAAUGCCACACCCCCCAAAGCACCGUGUGUGGCACCUCCUGUGGCACCUCCUGGCACUCCACUGCCUGCCACUCCAGCAAAGGCCACACCACUGGCCCCACCCCCUAAAGCCAACACUGCACAACCAGCUGCAGCACGCGGUGACAUUCAAGUCCUACCUGGUGGGGCUGCCCCGGUGACCUUUGAUACCUAUGAUGAAAGGCAAAAACACUAUGCUCACAUGAAAAGGCAGCUGGAUUCUGACCGUCCUGAAGCUUAUCAAAUUCCUGCAGAAAUCGUUUCAGCAUGGAAGACGGCUGUGCAGAACAAGAGCAAGGCUGCCAAAAAUGCUGUUUUCACAGCAUUUUUGCAAGCUGGAAAAGAUUGGGGUCGGCUGCGCGUGAGCCACACCAGGACCCGGACGGAAAGCACCCAAGGGCGAUGUCAAUAUGGUUGGAAGACUCGUGACCAACUCCUGACCCACUACGGUGGAAACGUGGCGUUGGUCGAUGCUAUAAUCGACAAAAAAAUUGAGACACAUCAGUACAGGGAUCACCCUGACGCUCCAGGUAGCCCAGAUGCCAUGCUCUACUACUGCUUGCUUGACAUGAGUAUGACUAACUCUGAAGAUACUUCAGAAUCGAUGUCCACAAGAGUUGAUCUAUCCAUCGAAGCUGGAUCUCAGGCCGCUAUGCAGAUGGGCAAUGCUGACCUGACGCAGCACCUGCUGCACAACAAUGCAUAUGCACCAAAGGUCCCACAGUUGCAGCACCGUGGUGGAUCCGACCACAACCCUGGCUCUUCAUUCGACGCGGCCUCUGGUUCCGAUAGUCGGCAGGUACCAAAACCAAUCCCUGUCCCAGACACGGGGAGACAGGAUCCCCCCCCAGAAGUACCGAUCCCAGAAGAAGAUCCCAGGCCGAAGAGAAGGAAGUCUACUGAAAUGCCAGAAGAUGCCCGGGAAGCUAUUGUUUGGUUGGUGCCCAAACUGUUGAGCCAACUGCAGGAGGCAAAGGUUUGGCCACUAAAGUUGUCCCACCUGAAACAUCAGGAAUCUUUGUGUACGAGCAUGAAGGCUCACUCAGACGAGUCAGACGAGCUUGAAAAAUCAUAUUUUCAGCUCAAUGGCAUCGCGGCCCAGGAUCCCAGCUCACUUGUUCAGAGCGUGGUGGAGGCUGCCAAAACGCUUGCACUUCAGCGAAUGGAGCUUUACGCCGAGGACAAUGUUCUACUGCAGCGCAUGGAAUGA